UCCAAACCAUUUAGAUACUCAGAUCUGAAUUAUAUCUUAGGAGGAGCAGGAAAAUGGAAAACGAAUCUUCUUCGUGAUCAGUGUGUGUUUGCUAUAACCUGCAAACUGAAGCAAUCUCCGUAGCUUAAACCCUCGCGUGAUAUCUUGUUCGAAGGGGUUAAUCCUGUGAAUUUCACGAGGAGCAAUGGGGGAUUCCGUGAGGUUCCAACGCCGUAGGACCGAUCACAAGCACGUAGUUCCCUCAUUCCUACUGACUCACCGCACUCUCCUCUCUCUCACCUGGGCCAUCGGAUUUAUUCUCGUCGUCGCGUGGCAAAGCAACGCCGUAGAUCGGUUGUUUGUGUUCCGUUACUGGGCGCCGCCUCCGAGGCCCAUCCCCAAGCUCCGAUCGCCGGUCUUCAACCUCUCCGAUUUUGGAGCUGUCGGCGACGGCGUGACUUUGAAUACCAAGGCGUUUGAGAGGGCGAUUUCUGAGAUUCGGAAGCGAGGUGGCGGCCAGCUCAAUGUCCAGCCGGGCCGUUGGCUCACCGCGCCUUUCAAUCUCACCAGCCAUAUGACGAUGUUCCUCGCUGAAAAUGCCGAAAUACUUGGAAUUGAUGAUGAGAGAUAUUGGCCAUUAAUGCCUCCUUUGCCAUCAUAUGGACAUGGAAGAGAACAUGCUGGACCACGGUAUGGAAGCUUUAUCCACGGCCAAAAUCUGACCGAUGUUGUUAUUACAGGGCAUAAUGGCACCAUCAAUGGACAAGGCCAAGUAUGGUGGGGAAAGUAUCGUAAAAAGUUGCUGAACUUCACCAGAGGUCCUCUUCUGCAAAUCAUGUGGUCCAGAGACAUACAUAUCUCUAAUGUUACUUUUCGUGAUUCUCCAUUCUGGAAUCUUCACCCUUAUGACUGUCAGAAUGUUACAAUUAAAGGUGUAACUAUACUGGCUCCAUUGUCCGGUGCCCCUAACACUGAUGGAAUAGAUCCUGAUUCCUGUGUGAAUAUGGUUAUAGAGGAUAGUUAUAUAAGUGUUGGGGAUGAUGGAGUUGCAAUUAAGAGUGGGUGGGAUCAGUAUGGAAUUGCUUACUCUCGGCCUUCCUCAAACAUUACAAUCCGUAAUCUCAUAGUGCGCUCAAUGAUAAGUGCUGGAGUAUCAAUUGGCAGUGAAAUGUCCGGUGGGGUAUCAAAUAUAACAGUUGAUAAUCUCCUUGUGUGGAACUCAAAGAGAGGCAUCCGAAUUAAGACAAGUCCUGGGAGAGGUGGAUACAUUCAAAAUAUAACAUACCGCAACCUGACAUUGGAGAAUGUCCGGGUUGGUAUAGUGCUUAAAACUGAUUACAAUGAACACCCUGAUGAAGGAUAUGAUCCAAAGGCUCUUCCAACUAUUAAAAACAUAAGCUUCACUGGCAUCCAUGGAUAUGGAAUUCGUAUUCCAGUCCGUAUAUAUGGCAGCGCUGAGAUUCCUGUGGAGGAUGUUACUUUCCAGAACAUGUCAGUUGGCAUAACAUACAAGAAGAAGCACAUCUUCCAAUGCUCUUUUGUCAAAGGGCGUGUGAUCGGUAAAAUUUUCCCUUCUCCAUGUGAAAAUCUCGACUUAUAUGAUGAAGCAGGACAGCUGGUUAGGCAAUCAAAGCCACGGAAUAGCCUUGACAACACAGAUUAUGAUUCUUAAUCGUAAGUAGGGACAUCAUUUUAAAAAGUUUAUGAUGCGGUUAUAGCCUGGUGACUUUUUAAAGUUGGACCAUGGUAAAACAUGUUACUGGUCAUUAAGCUUGAGUUGCAGGAAUUGACACGAAAGGAUCUUUACACACACAACUACUUAAUUGCUGGGAGAAUCUCUGACCAUUGUUUGAAAGGGCAGUGACACAAUUUUGGUAUGGCUGCAUGGGGCUUUUAUCACCCCCCUCUUGCCAGUGCUCAGUUGUCAGUACUCGUGAGAAAAAGAAAUGGUCUUUCUCCCAAUUCAGUGUGCAAAUGAUGAUGCUUGGAAGGUUCAAAGGGUCGAAGACCAUUCUGAUAUUACGCCAGAGAAUGAAGAUUGUGAUGACGAUUAUGUAAGUCUCCUCACUGUGUGAUUCCCAAACUGUAUUGAUAGGAAGAGGAGAAAAGAGUAUGUGAGUAUUUACUAACAUAGUAACAUAUGACCUUUUAGAAUAACAGAAAACAGAUGCACUAGAUUGACACUCUUACUUGUCAAGGGAACCCAAAUUUGGCAUGUGAUUGUCGGGCCCUGGGGACGAAUUUAAUGACAAGUCAUCUUCACAAGUCUGAAGUGUUUGUAUGCUGAUAUUUAGAUGAAGCUUUUAGAAACUGUUAAUCUUCUAUCAUGCACAAUAUCUAAAACCACUGAAUUUGUUUUUUGUUAUUAGCGAUCUCAAUAGAGUGAAGUUGUGGGAA